GUCGCAGGCAGUCGGUUUUAUUUCGACUGCUCGGGUACGUACGUACGGUGUUACUACAUUCUGCCACUAUUUAGCACAGAUACGAGUUGUUCGUGUAUUUGCAUCUAGUAUUUAAGUUUUUUCAAAAAAAAAAAAUGAUUUUCGACGACUGCUGCUAAUAAUCGACAGUCGUCGAUUAUGAUGUUCGACUACUUUUAUGUGCGUGCGAUGAUGUGAACGAUUUUACUGUGAACGCAUUAAGUAACUGACGUGAGAGAAGAGAGUGAGAUUUGGAAGGAAAAAGCAUCAUGCUACUUCUUGGACCUUUCUGGUUACUCUUCUGGCUGGCCUUAACAGGUGGCACGAGUUGUGUUGACGUCCACUUCGAAAACAAAGAUGGCGGUUUCUUCCUCAAACAUUCUUCCCGUCAGAACCUGCAAUCCUCGGAUUCGGGUGCUUCUUCCGGUUCACUCCUCUCAGUCGAUAGAUUCGCCGUUUUCCAAACGUCCCAGCCGAUUUCGAUUCGCGCAACGUACGGUCCCUUCAGUACAAAACAAACGGUACCGGCGCGCUACGUCGUGGCCGACCCAUUGCCCAUUAACACGACCAGUUCCUCCUUAGAUAUCCAAGAGUUCACCGGUCACCAUUUCGACAUGUCCGCGCACAUAGUCAAAAACGAAAUUCCACGCGAUUCACCUGUUCUAAGAGUACUUUUUCACACCGGGACCGAUCCUGGUGUGCGCCAGCCCGUUUUCACCCACCACCAACAGAAGCUAUGUAUCAUUUUGCACGCAACUUGGGGUAGUAAGGGACCCUUAAGUGCCACGUGUAGUCCGGACGGAGAAGAUGGCGUUUGUCUUGCCCAAAUCACUGUACCAUCUUCUUGGUGGCCUUCUCUGCCGCCCCCCGAUAAAGACGGGAGACCGGGAAAGGUGGCUAAAUCGCCGCCCCGAGUAGUUCAGGUCGCAUAUUCGGUCCUCGAACCACACCCCGAUGACGAACAGGGGUGCCAACCGAAAGUACAAUUUCAACCCACUACUAUCCUCGGUUUAGUCACCUUGGUACCGGCCAAAACUGCCUAUAAAGAAUUGAAACUCACCGAAGGGAUUACUAUGUUAAUACCUCAUCCCGCCCUCUUCCCUUUAUCCAGGAUACACAUUCCUGUUUUCAUCGAAAAGGAGAAAGCCAAAUUAUUGACUGCAAUUGUUACAAGAGGGAGAGUAAAGAACGGGGUGAGAUUUAUAAAUGCAACGCCGAGCGAAGCGGCUUCCUCUUGGAACAUAAGCGUGGAAAUGAACCCUCGUCACACAGGGUUAACGGUCAGUGCGGUCAGGAAAGAAUCCUCAACCUCCACGUCCGAAACUGCAACCGAGACCAAUGCGGCGGCCGAAGUAAUUGAGUUGUUCACGUUGCUGGUGGAAAUUAGCGAGGAUGCAGCCGAGGGUUACGACGGUGCGAAAGUCGUCUGGUCUACUAGGGUUGAACCCUCUGCCGAAGAAAGCGAUAUUCCAGAUUCGCACAGGGCCGAUGGUAGGAAAACUACCACCAAAUUCGAAAUUCAAAAGGACGAUAUCCAAGCAGUCGUGCCGAUUAGCAAGAACUGGGAAGUUUUAAAUACGGCCGUUUUAACUGGUCGUCAAGUUUCCCAAGCAAUGAAAGUUUUAAUAGUUUCCCAAGCGGGAAAGGCAGCCGAUGUUACAUUUCAGGCGUCAUGCCAUUCGGAAGAUGACAGCGUCUUAAAGGUGUCUUCGUCGUGUAGUUCAGUUUACGUCGAUGGGAGUGAGGCUAGGGGUUCGGUAAACGGGUCGGUACUUGUAAAAUAUGGUACGUACACGGGUUUGGCUCGAUUCACAGUGUGGAUGCCAGAGUUCCCUUUAGAUCUUCAAGUACCAGACACCAGGUUGUCCCAAGUGAAAUCUUGGAGAGUUCCCGACUUUCACAACAGUGGAAAAUCGCGAAGGAGAAGAAAAAAACGAUCUUAUACUAACUGGGGAGCAACAGGUUAUAGCCCAGACGACAUAGGGAACGGUAUAGAUAGGGCAUCUUGUCGCUUGAGAUACCAGCAAAGUCCUGUGGAUGUCUUCGCCCAUUUUAUGGCCAGCGACCACGACACCGGCAGAAUAACGUAUCUUGUUAACAGAAGAACUUGGCUGCGGGUCACAGAUUUAGUUCUGCCACUUCUAAGAGUCAGCGACCCGAGAAUUGCCAGUCUACAUGGUCGCAUAUUGCAAGGGAGGAGCAUGGGGAGAACGGAAGUGCAGGUUUUGUCUCCGAUAACUGGUCGAGUGAUUGGGGCAAAGGAAAUCCGUGUGGGCAACGACAAGGUGGGCAUAUCAAAGCUGGCAGUGCAAGUAGUAUCUGGUCUUCAGUUGAGCAUUACACCUGAUACUUCAGUUGAGAACAGCUACAUGGCAGAGACGAGUGUAACCAGAAAAUUAACUGCCCAGUAUCAGGAAGGGCUUCUUGAUAUCGAAAUCGAAUUCUCUGAUGGCAGCAAAACACCACUACGUGAGGUGGCCGAUACAGAUUACCACCUGGUGGUAGAAAGUCUCGAUCCGGAAGUGGUGGCUUUUGCUCCAAUGGUCGCUUCUCAUCACCCUCGAGUGAUUGCAGUGGGAGAGGGCAGUGGAGAUCUUUUGCAGGUCACCCUGCUUCUAUCUGAAGAAUGUCGGACGUUCUCCAGACCGAAACACAAAGGCAUCGGACCUUUGGCCACCGCAACUGCUUCGGUUACUGUGGACUUCAGCGUCGGAGAUUUACCUCAUAGACCCGAUAUACUUCAGAACGACGGAGGAUCGUAUGGUAACUCAAAAGUUCGAGACUUUACAGAUUUGCGAGAUAUACUUAAAGGACCGCCUGUUAAAGAUGACAACAGCCAUCAGCCCAACGUUCAAGCACGGCAACACAAAGGGUCACAUCAUACCGCUUCCCACAUGACACCUUUGGAGAUCAGCAUGUAUGUUUUACUAGCAGCGUUCUGCUUUGCGAUUGUGAUCUUCGUGGCUUCCUGCGUCGUUUAUGCAUCAAAAUUCAAGCCGGUGGAGUCCAGUUUGGGAGGACUGAACCCUAUGCCCAUACCCACGGGAAAUUUCCGCGAGAGGAAACCCAGGGAGACCACCACAAACGCACACGACUGGGUGUGGUUAGAUUUUUUCGUAGGUCGGUCGACGAUGGACAUGAACUCUAACAGGUCAUCGGCGGUUAUUAACAAUAAUGAAAUGAGAAUAACAGCCAACCCAUUGAACCUCAAUUAUUGCGAACCAGACGACUGCGUUCCCUCCAGUUUUAGCAAUCCCACUCACAUCGAGUUACCCAGUCGUUCUGCUGCCGAAAACCAGAACCAACAAGUAGAUUCCACCACGUACUGCAAGAGCAAACGUAGCGGUUUAAUCUUCAGUUCCAGUACAACUAGCAACGACAAUGAGCCGAACGUUUGGAACAAACCAACUCCUCCGCCUCCUCUACCUCCACACGGUUCUCCACUUUUGGCUGCUGAGAGGCUGAAGGAGCAGCAGCAACAGCAGGAAGCAAACGGAAACGAGGAUUAUCGUCCACCCAUUCCACCUCACAGGAACGUAUGCAUAAGUGCACGAAACACAUCAAUCGUAGAGUCAUCUCCUCCAAGAAAACACCAUCAUCAUCACAGGAACAGCAGGCACCAGCAGGACAGGGACAAGGACAAGGACAGCAAAUAUUACAACAACAAUCACAGUCGAGAAUCCCGUUACCAAAAUGACAACGCCAAAAGGGAACCGAGAGCGCACAGCGUCGAGAACAGAUACUACCAGAAGAAGGACGAAGCAAGUGGUGUGUCGGAAAAAAAGCCGUUCAGGAGGAGUUAUCACGACGAUUAUUUUAAUAAGGAAUUGAAAACAAACGCUUUUGAGUUCGACGAUAUGCCUCCAGAAUCGGAAAGCCGUGGAAAAAAGGAACAGCAGGACCUUCUGAAGGUAGAGGGAGGAGAUGAUAAUGCCCAAUUCGUUUCCCAGUUAAAUGGUAACAACAGUUCCGAAGUGAAAAGGGCAACUAUAGUGGGAAAUCCGAUGUUCAGUGCGGAGGAUUUGAACAAAGAAGAAAUAAAUACGGAACUAUCGGGUCUAGAAGAACUGGGAAUGGACUACGAACAAAUUAUGCACUACUUCAAAAAUUUAAAGGAAUCCAACGCCUGAGUAGAGCAGAUCAUUG